UCGGGCCGUGUCUCUGUUGAUGAACACCGUUCAUACACAUAUCGGACUCGCAAAGGAUUCGAUCUGUAUCGCAUUAAGAUCAUGACUUGAAAUGGCGAGGGCUAGCCAUGGGAAAGGGGAUUGUAGUUAUGGAAAAGUAUAUAGGCCAUGGCCAUCGCAUACUGGUCUGAUCUGUCACUUGCACGUUCCUCGAAAACCAGUUUGAAACAUCAUAUUUUCCAGCUUUUUAGUGGCAUCAAGCAUAAUCACACUUCUUCAAAUUCACACCUUCCUUUACCAAAAUGCCAGAAAAUAGAGCGGACCUUCCUCGAAGGCGCCCAAACCCGCCCCCUCUCCAUCAAGCCAGCCCCGUACACCCCACUCGGCCCAGACCAAAUCGUCAUCCGCAACGGCGCCUUCGCCCUAAACCCCCUCGAGUAAAUCAAGCAACAACUAGGAAACUUCGUCUACGGCUGGGUAAAAUAACCAUUCGUCAUGGGCAGCGAUGUCGCCAGCACCGUCGUGGAAGUCGGCUCCAACGUUACACGCUUCAAGGUCGGCGACCGCGUUCUGGGCCACGCCCUGGGCAUGGAGAAGAAGUACGACAUGUCGGCCAUGUGCGGAUUACAGCUUUACAUCGUGCUGUUCGUCAAGAUGACUAGCCCAAUACCCGAUGCGUUGCAGUUUGAGAGGGCGACUACUGUUCCAGCAAGGAAUUUCGAACUUGUCAAGUCAUUAGGAGCCAAGAAGGCUUUCGAUCAUAAAAGCAAGACGGUCGUGCAGGAUAUCGUGCGCGAGUGCCAGGGCGUGAAGAUGGCAGAGGCGAUGUCCAUCGGCGACGGCGCGGCGGAGGGCUGUGUCAAAGUGCUCGGACAAUGUGAGGGCAAUAGUUUUAUUUCCCAGGUUCGCUCCCCGACGCCAAAGAAUAAGGACGCUGGGGGCCUGGUUCGGGCUUGGUGCUUCAUGUCAUCCAUGGCAUUGUUGUGGGUCAAGGGUAAGAGCAACGGUGUGCGGACCAAGUUCGUCUGGGUGCUAGAGUCUAGGUUUCCAGGCCGUUCUCCCUUUGUCUACGCCCUUGAAGAUCCAUUAUACUCUUUCUUUGGAACACAUAACAUUCUCUCAGCUCACACCAAAAGCAAAGCCAUCGAAGACAACACCGCUUCAAGCAAAUCACCCGCACUGAACCUACUCAAAUACAGCUCAUUAGAACUAGAAGAUAUGGCGACAUAUAGCCUUUUCGCGCGCUGGGCAAUGAAGAAGAACAUGAACACGUCUAAUCGUAAGCGGAACUCUGAAAACCAGGCGGGCCCUACUAGUCGUGCAAAGCGGUCGAGGAAGACACUACUUCUAGCAGCCUGGAGAGCUUACUCCCAUACACGGUCCCAGAAUCGGUUCGAGGGUGUUGAAGGGGACGAAGAAGAGGGAAGAGACAGUGUCCGCAAUGAGGACCACGAUAACAACAGUGUAUACCAGACAACGGCUGCUGCCGCAAAAUACCCUAGAGAAAAGGAGCCGAGUGCUGUCGCUACUCCCACCUAG